AUGGCACAGGCCGUGGCGGCCCAACGACUCGACGAUUUCCUGGAGCACUCUCCAGACGCACACAUCAUGCGAGAUAUGCUGGCCCACAUCUCUGAAGCAGCCCAGACUCACGCCCAGGAGCCUCCACCGUCUGCUCCCCAAGAUGCACUACUCGUCCUGCUACCGCUACUCAUCGUUUUAUCGACAUUCUUAUUCCUCUUAUUGCUCUUCCUCGUAUGCGUACUGCUCAUGCGCCGGCGACGGGGUAUCAUGUUGCGUGAGCAUGAUGGCCCUGUCGACAUGAGCAGGGAAGAGCUCGUAGAAGGCGAGGGCGGGUUCGAGGGCGUUGAAUCACGCUGGUUGGAAAACGUUGGCGAGUCAGUCCGCAGAGAAUACCUACGAGCCAAGGAGCACCAGCUGCAGUACGCCCCGAAUUCCCUUCCGACAGAUAUCACAUUAUCGCAAUUUCUAUCAAUUCAAGAGAAAGGUGUUUCUGCUUGGUGUUUCGAACCCGACUUCGAUACGCUCAAUUCGUUGCUCGUGCAUGCGCGUACCGAGAUAACAUUCCUGCCUGAUCCAGCAAGCUCGUCUUGUGUUCAGUCAAAUCUCCCUCUGCCAAAGCUGAACGAGGUUUACUACUGGGAAGUCAAGAUGUUUGAUCUUCCAGUAACCACAAAUGUCGCAAUCGGCCUAGCUACGAAACCUUAUCCCACAUUCCGACUUCCAGGCUGGAAUCGUUACUCAGUUGCCUAUCACUCCAAUGGUGACAAAUCCCACAACUAUCCAUUCACAGCGACUUCGUUCGGCCCGCAACUCAAGGAAGGCGACGUUCUUGGCGUUGGUUAUCGCCCAAGGACGGGCACGGUGUUCUUCACCAGGAAUGGGCGAAAGACGGAGGAUGCGUUCGUUGGCCUCAGCAGAUGGAAUCUGUUCCCAACGAUAGGCGCUGAUGGGCCUUGCAGUGUUCAUGUCAACCUGGGCCAAUCAGGGUUUGUGUUUAUCGAAGCCAACGUUAAGAAGUGGGGACUUGCGCCUAGCGUGGGAACACUAGCACCGCCGCCUGCGUAUGGCAGCGAGCGCGGCAGCAUUCUUUUGGACGUGGGCGGGGGUGUUCGACCCUCAGGCGAAUCUUUACAUAGUAGUCCUGGAACGGCAAUUUCCCCGCCGCCCCGCCGGUCACAUCGCUCUCGACUCGCACGUCGACCGCAGACGACCGUUCCUGCUGCUUCUUCGCCUCUCCGUACAUCCGAUAUACCUCACACACCUCUCACACCACCGCCGCCUAUCACGCCGAUAGAAGAGGAUCCUGAUGAGGCCCAACCUGGACCCUCCAACUCCCGAUAUAUAUCCCCAUCCGACCUCUCUUUCCACGCCCCUCCAAGCACUAAUCUACCGCCCUCUCCUGGAGGUGGCCCUCAUGAAUUGGAUGAAACGCGUAGCACCCGAACUUCGCCGAUGUCAUCGACGCGGUCCUUAUCCCCUGACGCUUCAGGUGCGAGUCGUCCAUCUUCAUUUUCCGCCCCUCGGCGUCGACAACACUCGUUUACUCACAUGAUCGCCUCGUUAAAUCCAUCCUCAGACGCGGAGCAAACGGUUCAGGUACAUCUACCUCCCGAAUCUCCAAUGAGCCCGAACCCGCCAACACCUAAUCAUCGUGACAUCCACCUGCAGGCCCUCUCACGUCCACGCAAUAGCGAUGAGCGUAAUCAUGACGAGCUCAUACCUCCCGAUACGAUGUCCAGAAGAGACCCUCCCGCGUACUCUCCCCUCGAUGCGUAUACCUAUUCGGAGGGUGUUCACAUCGACCUCCCCGCCGAGGUUAUCGCGGCGGCUCUAGAGGGAAACUCUUUGCCCGCAAGUAUUAUUGGACAAGGAACUUCGCGCUCGGAUCGUCGUAGUAGGAGGAGAUAA